AGCGCAGCGGAGCCGAGCGAGCGGAGUCAGGGAUCGGAGCGCGGCGAUCACUGCGGGUCUCGGGUGCGCGAGCCGCGGCGCGUGGGCCCCGAGCCGAAAAGGACCGAAACCCGGCUUGCGGCGGCGGGUGGGGCCGCCGCACGGGAGGGCAGAAAGAAGAAAUGAUGUAAACCAUUCACUAUCCAAACUUUAAGGUCGAAGGUGGGAAGGAAGGUCAGGAAGAACAUGGGCUGGCCAAAUAUUUUUCAGAGAGGAACUCUGCUGUCCCGGUUCAGCCAUCACCACAUCGUCGUUUUCCUGCUCACCUUCUUCAGUUAUUCGUUGCUCCACGCGUCAAGAAAAACUUUUAGCAAUGUCAAGGUCAGCAUCUCUAAGCAGUGGACCCCAAGUGCUCUUAACAAAUCAGUUGAACUGCCUGUAGAGGUCUGGAAUAGCAACCAUUUGUUUCCCAGUGCGGAGGAAGCCACUCUUUUCCUCGGAACUCUGGACACUAUUUUCCUCUUCUCCUAUGCUGUGGGCCUUUUCAUCAGUGGUAUCGUUGGGGAUCGGCUUAAUUUACGAUGGGUCCUAUCUUUCGGCAUGUGCUCUUCUGCGUUAGUGGUGUUUGUCUUUGGCACUCUCACGGAAUGGCUGCACUUCUACAGCAUGGGGCUCUACUGCUGCCUGUGGAUUGUGAACGGCCUGCUGCAGUCCACUGGUUGGCCCUGUGUGGUUGCUGUUAUGGGCAACUGGUUUGGGAAAGCUGGACGAGGAGUUGUUUUUGGUCUCUGGAGUGCCUGUGCUUCAGUGGGCAACAUUUUGGGAGCGUGCCUAGCUUCUUCUGUUCUGCAAUAUGGUUAUGAGUAUGCCUUUCUGGUGACGGCUGCUGUGCAGUUUGCUGGUGGGAUCAUCAUCUUCUUUGGACUCCUGGUGUCACCAGAAGAAAUUGGUCUCCCAGCUAUUGAGGCAAAAGAAAAUUUGGAAGAAGAUUCCCACAGGCCAUUAAUUAAUGGUGCUGAAAAUGAAGAUGAAUAUGAGCCUAAUUAUUCAAUUCAAGAAGGAAGUCCUAUUACUCAAGUCAAGGCAAUAAGCUUUUAUCAGGCUUGUUGCCUUCCUGGAGUUAUACCGUAUUCACUGGCCUAUGCCUGCUUGAAGUUGGUGAAUUACUCCUUCUUCUUCUGGUUGCCCUUUUAUCUGAGUAACAACUUUGGAUGGAAGGAAGCUGAAGCUGACAAGCUGUCCAUUUGGUACGAUGUUGGAGGAAUUAUAGGUGGAACUUUGCAAGGCUUCAUCUCUGAUGUGUUACAGAAGAGAGCGCCAGUUUUAGCUCUGAGUCUGCUUCUAGCGGUUGGGUCCCUCGUUGGAUAUAGUCGUUCUCCAAACAAUAAGUCCAUUAAUGCACUUCUGAUGGCUGUGACAGGAUUUUUUAUUGGUGGACCCUCUAAUAUGAUUAGCUCUGCUAUUUCUGCGGACCUGGGUCGCCAGGAGCUGAUCCAAGGGAGCAGUGAGGCUUUGGCGACCGUCACGGGAAUUGUUGAUGGAACUGGGAGCAUCGGAGCUGCCGUGGGCCAGUAUUUGGUGUCUUUGAUCCAGGAUAACCUAGGAUGGAUGUGGGUUUUCUACUUUUUCAUUCUCAUGACAAGUUGUACAAUUCUAUUUAUUUCACCAUUAAUAGUGAGGGAAAUAAGCUCUCUUACACAAAGACGACAAGCUCGCAUAUUGAGUGAGUGACCGGUGCCCACAAAAGAACAAGAAUAAUAGGAGACACAUCGGGACUAUUGUUUCUUUUAAUUCACCCUGUUUUGGGGUUGUCUUAAGAACUCCACCAUAACCUCAGAUUGUUAAGCCUCUUUCAACAGUGUCAGCCGCCUGAGACGCUGACGGGGUGAAGGCUGGGCUGUUUUUCUAUACUACAGGAAUUAUUGUCGAUGAUUUUUACUGUUGUUGUUUCAUGAAUGUACUGAAUGGCCUCUGAAUCUGCCAGCGUCUUUGUUUGGCCUGCGGAGGUUCCUCCCUUAACUUUAAAGACUGUAUUGACCUUGGACCCUUGUCCUCCCGCCUGGAAAGCUGCGUGACCACAGGCAGUUGUGCGUGGUUUGUGUCGGUGACGUGCUUCAUGAAUAGGAGGAUCAUUGCAUUUUGCCUUGGUCAUGAGUUUGCAGAGUGGCUCAUCUUUGAAGCAUCGGAUCCUGAUGAAGUGCUCAGGCUGGAUCAAGCAUACGCCUGCCGUGGACAAAGAAUCCCUUUGUUGACUGUGGUGGGAAAAACCACACUACAUGCUGAUUGUCUCGGUCAGUCUGUAUCUGAUCUAAAGUCCCUCAGCUCCAGAAGCAGAAGUGUCUUCAAAUUAUUGUCAACUUGUUCUCCUCCAUCUUCAUUCAGAAUUAGCUUUGACUCCCAGGAGUAUUUAGUCUUCCUUUCAAGGACCAUGUGGUACAUUAGUUGUCGUGAACAUUCCAGUGUGUAACUCACAACCAAAGUUGUGUACCCAACCCCAGGUUGGCUGUCUGGGAAUUUUAGAAUCCACUAGGAAGGUAAUCUCCUUAGCCCUAUUUUCAGAGAAUUGAUCUCUGUCACAACCGGGUUCCUUGAGUUACCUCAGCAGAAGACUAGAAUUAGGGAAAAGAGAAAGACCUUUUGUCCUAGUGAGCGUUAAGUGUGUGACAUUGAAUCACAUUAAUGGAUUACUAGGACCUGAGGAGUAUCUAGGUGUCUAUUCUUUAGAAGUUUGUAGAGUGUAUGUCUUCAAGGCUGUGAAUUCUAUACCAAUUAUCAAUAUUUUAAGGUCAUUCUGUAUAUAUAUUUUAAAUUAUGUAAGGGAACCAGGGGGAAAAUGUGCAAUUUUGAGGGCUGCCUAAUUUGCAUUGGGUUAGGGAAUAUUUUUCAACCUCUUGCUUUAUACUCUGAAAUGUGGUAUGUUUAUGAACUGGUUAAUGUUAUUUAAUCAAGCAGAUUUCCAGUCAUUUGAUUGCUCAUUACUGACAAAAAGGGAAAUAUGAAACACAGGGAUGGAAAAUAAACUGACUUUUAUAGUAAG